AUGACGAAAUCCUUCCUCAACUACGCGGACCUAAAAAAACAAGCCCUCAAAGAUGACCUAGAGAUUGGUCGCCACACAGGUGCCGAGGAAGACAACCUAUCCCUCUUCUUCCAAGAAGUAACAAACAUCACAACAGAAAUGGAAUCCAUCUCCAAUCUCCUACUCGACCUCCACCGCCUCAAUCAAGAUUCCAAGUCCAUACACAGCCCCAAACUCCUCCGCGGUAUGGCCGACCAAAUGGAUUCCGACAUGGUCAACAUCCUCCGCAAAGCUAACAUCAUCAAUCUCCAACUCAAAGUCCUCGAUGAAUCCAACACAGCCAACCGCCAAAUCUCCCCUGCUUUUGCCGAAGGCAGUGCAGUCGAUCGAACCAGAAUCUUUGUCACUGGAGCCGUGAGGAAUAAACUAAGGGGAAUGAUGAAUGAGUUCCAAGAACUAAGGGAGAAAGUUGUGGCUGAUCAUCGAGAAGGAUUGAAGAGGAGGUACUUUGCUGCAACAGGGGAAUUGCCUAACGAGGAAGUGAUUGAUGGAAUGAUAUAUGGAAAUGAAGGAGAAAAGCUGGUUUUGGUUGGGAAGAAGAGUGAGUUGGGUUUGGAAGCAGAGGAGAGGAGGAGAGCUGUGGAGGAGAUACGAAGGAGCUUAAAUAAAUUGCAGAUGAUAUUUUUGGACAUGGCUGUGUUGGUGGAGAAACAGGGAGAGGAAUUAAAUGAUAUUGAAGGGCAUAUGGCCUGUGCUAAGAGCUUUGUGAACGAGGGAACGGGGCAACUCGCGGAGGCUUUGCAUGAGAGGAAGAAAAAGAGGAAAAGACAAGGUUUGCUCUGUUUUUGUGCGGUUGCUGCGGCAGUGCUGCUUGUUUUACUGCUACUUAGUUUUGUUGAAUGA